AUGUCAGAGGAGGAAAAGAUGAACACUUCCAGCAGACCCUCAGCUGCCCUUGGUUCCUCUAACAGCCUCCGAGCCGAGUCACCGACCACCGCGCGCCCGAUGGACUUUGACGACGAGCCCCAGGAGAACGGGAUUAUUACGUCCGACCCUAUCGCUACUCAGCCAGCUGCCGCCGAGGCAGCCCCGCCAAAGCCGCCCCGGCCCCUGAACCCGAGAGAACAGUCGGAGAACACCCUUAGGGAGGCAUUUCCAAGCAUAGAGCCUGGCGUCAUUAAAGCGGUCCUGACCGCAAGCAAUUGGAAUGUCGAGCCGGCGUUCAAUGCCCUCCUGGGUAUGACCGACCCCAAGGCUCAAGAAGAGAUGGCACCCCCGCCAAAGCCGCCGCGCCCAAGCCAACAGAGCACUGCUGCACAGCGACAACUGGAAGCCGAUGAGAUGUAUGCACGUCAACUAUCUGAGCAUUACAAUGCGGCAGGACGUCGCGCACCACCCCCGGGCUGGGAGAGUGAUCCCCGAUACCAGCGACCUAGAGGAAGCGAGGAGUCAGAGGAGAGAGAAUACAGCUUUUUUGAUGAUGAUCUACCUGUGAUUCGCGAGAACCUCCGCAAGGGCUUCCUGGAGACGCAGAGUAAGGUUAACUCGUGGGUAACAAACCUGAAGAAGCGUAUUGAUGGAGAGGACCUGGAUGAGGAGCCUAGCCAUAAUCAAAGAGAGACUCCUGUUCAUGCCCGGCCCCGACGUAGUGGUGAUAUGGGCCGUCGCAGUGGAGAUCGUGAGCGUUACGACGCGGACCCCAAGGUUCUCGGGGAUGAUUUCUCUGCUCUUGAGUUAAGGGAUGGAGAAGCUCCCCCACCUCGCCCCCCUCGUCCGGGCCGCCCCAACUCUAAACCAUCCGCAUCUCCUUCUCCAGAUAGGCGUAAGGUGUCUUUCCAGGAUGGACCGCCCGUCGAGAUCGACAACCUUUACGAUGCUUCCACGCCAUCCAAGCGUCUCAGCUCAACAGGCAACAAGGCGAGCAAAUGGCAGCCACUGUCCACCGUUGAGCCUUCUCCCGUCGCGGAAAAUGACCCAUUCAGCCUUGGCGACAGCGAUGACGAGAAGGAAACUAAGAUCAAGGAGCAUACCACGGGCUCGGAGGGCGAUCAGCCCAAGCACGUCACUGUCGAGUCAGUCUCCGACGAAGUGGGUUCCACGGACCAGGAGACCAAGGGCGCGAGCAAGCCCGACGAGUCAAAAUAA